CAUUUCUCGACAAAACGAAAGCUUAAUCGUACACUUCUUAUAUGACGUACUCGGAAUGUAUUCCUUGUUAUUGCGUUUAUGUUAUUGACUAUGUCAGGGAUGGCUGAGGCAAAGCGUUUGUCGAGAAUUUCGUCUGCUUUUGACAGUUCUGGUUCAUUGAUUCUUUCCCUUAGGUCUGACCCCCGUCUGUCAAAAUGAGUGCCGAUCAGCAAGCUAUUGAGGAUGAAUUUCAUCCAUUCAUUGAGGCUCUCCUGCCUCAUGUCAAGUCUUUCUCAUACACAUGGUUCAACCUACAGGCUGCGAAGAGAAAAUACUUCAAGAAACAUGAAAAAAGAAUGUCCAUGGACGAGGAACGCAGGGUCAAGGAAGAACUACAGAAUGAGAAACCCGAAGUAAAGCAGAAAUGGGCAUCCCGAUUAUUAGCGAAGCUGCGGAAGGACAUUACACAAGAGUGUCGGGAAGAUUUCGUUCUCAGUAUUACGGGGAAGCGGCCUCCUGUGUGCGUGUUGUCGAACCCAGACCAAAAAGGCAAGAUGCGAAGAAUAGACUGCUUGCGCCAGGCCGACAAAGUGUGGCGCCUCGACUUGGUGAUGGUCAUACUGUUCAAGGCGAUUCCGCUGGAGAGCACGGACGGCGAGAGACUGGAGAAAUCCCACGAUUGUAUGCACCCGAAUCUGUGUGUGAAUCCUCACCAUAUCAGUGUCUCAGUGCGCGAGUUGGAUUUAUACCUGGCUAAUUUUAUACACAGCUAUGUUCCAGAUCCGAGAGCAGAUUAUGCAGAUUUGACGAUAAAUGGUGAUCCAGAUAUCAAAGUUCCCGGCAACAUUCAUUCAGGCGUGUCUGGGAAUGACAGUAUAAUGGCCACUGGAGUGUUUUCUGCUAAAGAACUGCUGCGAGUAACUAGAUCCACGUUUUCCAGUCCCGCUUCAAUGAUGAUGCCGCAGAAUGGCACCCACGUCAUGUUGGCGCAGCAGAAACAGAUGGACAGUCCGAGCUACUACAACUACAGCCCCCAGGACACGAGCAUGAUGAACAUGCACCCGGGGCUGCCCAACGGUCAGUCGGCCCUCAGUCCGGGCGGUCACCCCCACAAGAGAUUGAAACGGAACCAGAUCAGCUCAAUAUCGUCCGCGGAGGAUGAUGUCGAAAGCGUGGGCGAAGAAGCUGAGCAGCUCAGUAACUAUUAUGCAAAAACGGCUGCAAGCCUGGGGCAGUCAACGUCAUGGCAGAGUGACCAGCUUGAUCCAGGAACACAACAUGUGCCUCAUUCUGUGCGGACCCACAUCGCGACACCACCCCGGCCGAUGAGCACCCACACGCCCGGAAUGCCGCCGGGGACACCCCACCUGCAUGAACCGCCACAAUCGCCAUCACCCCCAGGUUCCAGUGGCAGUCGCUUUAUAGCAUAUGGUCUCCAGCAGCCAAUGGUGAUGAAUACAGGUCAAGGUCAUGGAGGUAACGGAGGGCCAGGUGCCAUGAAAUACUCAGAUAACCAUGGAAACGACACCUUUUCUGAUUUCGUAACACUGGUCUGCCAAGAAGCACAAAACACACAUAAUCAGUCAAGUCCGUCGAGCCCACCGAUGAAGAGUCCGACAAAGCUGCCCCACUUCUUUGCUCCAGGAAUGCUACCUCCGCCCCCACCACCUCCCCCAAAUCUUGCCAGACCAGUGGCCAUCUUGAAAAAUUCUGAUGGCAUUAUGCCCAUUAGCAGUAUCUCUGGUAGCAGUACACCUUCAACAUCCACUAUCUCGACAACGAGCAGUCUGGCCGGUUCGUCUGCAGUGGACACGCUGGCCAUGAGCAGAACAAUAAUGUCUAGUCCGUUCACCAUGCUGUCUCGCCCUGAGCACACCUUUCAUCACAUUCACCCUCAGGGUCACCAGGUCUUUACCUAUCCCAGCAUUAGUCCCGUCAACGCUAUCAGCGGCAUGAUCAGCCCGACGACGCUGAGUCUGAUUGCGUCGCCCGUCGCUACCCCACGCACAACGCCCCGGACCACGCCCAUCCCAAGGUGGACAACUCCGUUUAUCCCACUCGAUGAGAAUGUUGACUACAACAUGCUAGCCAACAUCAUGCCCACAGUGAACACGGAAGAAAUGUUAGGAGAAGAGAGAUUCUUUCCAGUGGUGCACAGUAACGUGGGCGUGGAGCCUUCCGAUGGCGGCAACGGUGGGUCGAGUCAUGCAGGCCCCCACACCCCCGCCCCAGGACCUGCACACACCCCAACCUCAUCCUCUCCCCCCAAGCCUCAACCCCAGACUUGACCCGAUGAAUACCUCUUUAUCUUUCGAGUGGUGGACAUUGACUGAAUGCAACGGCACUCUCUGUGCAUGCCCGGCUGUGAUAGCAUUGUUUUGUUCUACUGUACAGUGGUGUGUUGAUAAUAACAGUGACAGUGGUGUUGUACCGUCGUCUUUAUAACUUAGUUACUUGAUGUUAUUUUUAUCCAGUUAUAGACAUGUUAUUUAUACCAGUGUUGACAAAAUGAAUGGGGGAAAGAACACAAAUUUUCUUCCCAGAAAAAGAAAGAACGAAAAGAACACAGGGAUGCUAACAACAGCAUAGUGUGUUUUUUUAAAAUAAAGUAAAUGUAUAAAUAUAUAAAUAUAUAGAUAUAUAUAUAUCUAAAAAAACAUGCUUUAGUGGAAGAACAUGUGGAUCGUGUUCAGACAGAUUUACCAGUUGUUUUUGGAUACUGGUGGAGGCUUCACAGACACACUGAGAUUUGGAAGUUGAUUGUAUGUGAUACAGGACGAUUAUUUAAGUGCAGGAGCACAUACGACUGCAUCAGUGUAUUACUGCAUGUUGUGUUAAAGCCGUGCUUCCAGAUUCAGUUGAUCAAAUAUAACCAUUUUGUUAUUUAUUUAUUUAUUAACCAAAACAAAAAAAAUCAAAUUGUGUGCAAGAGUACUUGUGUUAUGUAGUGGUUGUGUUGAUAUAAUACCUAUCUUGUUUACAAAUAUACCUUGUUUUCAUUACAAUAAAACAAAAAAAGAGAGUAAGAUUGUUUAUUAAAAAUGAUGUAAAUUAUCUUCAGUUUUUCACCUACAGUUUUUAUGUAUAUUGUACAAUCUUAACAAAAAUUUUAUAAUUCAAGGGGAAUAACUGAUUUCCCUUGUUUUGUUGUCUGUGGAGUAACGUCCCUUACAUCACUGAAAUGCUGAACAAAUUACUUUCUAUUUGACAAAUUGCAACUAAUGAUCACCCCCAUCCCUCCCAUAACACACAUUUCAAUAAAUUGAUACAGAAAUUUUAUUAAUACUUUAUUAAAAUGGGUUUUUGAGAAAAUACUGAGUAUUAAUUAUAAGCAAUUAAAUUAUGUGAAAUUGCAUUAGCAAAGGAUAAAAUCUUCAUCUAAAAAAGAAAUAUAAAAAUGUUAGACAGGAUACUCUGUUGUCUAUUUGUCAAAUUCCUAUCACUGUUUACAAAAAUCAAUAUAUUUUAAAUUGUUUAAAAUUUAAAUGACCUAUUGUACAUAAAAUAACACCAUGAUGAAUAUGGUUAGUGGUACGGCUACUACACUUCUUGAACAGCCACAAUUACUAAUGUGGUACAACACACACAUGUUAUAUUAAUGUGUUGGUGCAUAUCUUACGGUAAACAGUAAAACAGAAUGAAGUCCCAAUUUUUAGUUUACAGUAAAUAUCUUAUGUUUGUCUUUACUCUUCAUCAUCUUUGUCUUCUUUUUUUCAGUAAUGUAAUGGAAAAUAUUCUGUGUGCAGCUUGUAUGAUAAAAUGAUCACCGAAUGAUAUAUAUAUAUAUAUAUAUAUAUAUAUAUGUAUUUUUGCCCCUUUCACUGCUUGUGAUUGAACCAAAACGGUAUUGAAAGCCUGGUCAAUUAACCGAAACAAUGUUUUGAAGAUAAUUACACAUCUGUUACCUUUUUUCCUUUUCAAAAUGUUGUCUUGACAAGAAAUAUGUAAUUUAUAUGACUUGAGAAAUAUCCUUUCAUCUGACACGUUGCUGUCUGUGUUCUCAAUGCUGUUUUAAGGCAUGUCAUAAAGGGUUUUUUUCUGUUGUAGGUAAUUAGGUUCAGACCUGUGGAAACUUAGGUCAGAUGUCCUGUAGUGUUUGCAUGUUCACUGUUGUCAUAACAGUAUUUUCCCUGUUUGAUCAUAUGUGCAAUGUAUGUUACAUCAGACUAUGCAAAGUUUUGUGGAAAUGUUUUUAAAAAACCAGGAACUGUUUUUUCGAAGUUGCAACUACUGUAGAUUAGGCUACUAGAGAAGACAAACUGAAAUGUUCUGUUGUUAAGACAUCAUGAAUUUUGAUUAUUUUCAGCAUUCUUUUACUUGGUAAAUAAGACAGUUAAAUGGAUUUUAAAUAAAAAAAUUAUGACAUCCAUGAUCAAUGUUACCAGAAUUUUAAGAAGAAAAAAAAUAAUUAAAGAUUCAGAUCUAAUCUUUUAUUCACUUAAAAUUAUAAUUAUGAUAUGUAUAUUUUUUGUGCAUAUUUUGUAACAUUUCUGUAAUGGAUCUGACAUUAGGUAUUCUGAGAUGGCAGAAAUAAAUUAUUGUCUUAAAUGGCAUAAUCUGCAGUGAUAACCUUUGAUGUUCACCCUGUGCAAAUCCAUUUGAAACUCCCACUCUCUCUCUCUCUCUCUCUCUCUCUCUCUCUCUCUCUCUCUCUCUCUCUCUCUCUCUCUCUCUCUCUCUCUCUCUCUCUCUCUCUCUCUCUCUCUCUCUCCUGAUUAGUAGCAUUGCUACAUGCUAACUCCACAUCAGUCCACAUAAAAGUGCCAGAUUUGAUAUUAGUAUUUAAAGAUGUGUACACAUUAAAAAACCUUUGCAAGAUAAAUUAGGUAAAUUAUUGAACACCUUAUUAAAACUUCAAAUGCUUUUAUCAUCUAUAAUUUUGUAGAACAUAGAAUUUAAUGAUUAUAUUUUUGUGGUGGUUAUUAAAGAAUCACAUUCGAUACAGUUUGACAUACGUUGGUAACUGGCCUGUCCCAGCUAUUUGUACAUGUAUAUAUAUCUACCUCGUGUAUUUAACAUAUUUAACUUAAAUACUUAACUUAAUGUCUAACUUCACCCCUGCAUGGAACAGUUUAUCUGUUAUAUAUAUCUACAAUACCAAUGUAUAUCCCACACCCCAAACCUUCAUUCAAACAAAAAACACUGAACCUUAAUAACCUUCAUUUUGUGAUGGUAAAUUUUGUUUGAAGUUAAGAUGUAUUGGAAACAUAUUUUGAGAAUAGUUUAUAUCAGCUUAACUUGUACAGGACAAAGAUAAUAACUCGCCAGUCAUUUAAUAUGUUAAUUAUAGAAAUAUUACUGUAUAAAAAUAGUAAUGGCUGAAAACAUACUGCUAAAAUCCAAGAUAUGCAGAGCAAAACAGAAGUCCAUUUGAAUGUGAUUGGGAAUAUAUUUUAAGGAAGCUGACCCAAAGACAAAGUAUUUUAUGCCACUGUUGCUAAUGAUAUAUUUAACAUGUUAAAUAUGAAUAUAUCAGUUUGUUUUUAGCAAUACCUUCUUUUUUUUUUAAAAUGGUGGCUCUUUAAUUAUUUUAUUUUUUUAAUAAAACCUAAAGCAUCGUUUUUAGGAAACAUUUUACGUCUUUAUAUUUAGUGUAAGUAUGUUGUUCUGUUGUUUGGAGGAUUAAGGUAGGGAAUCGAAUACCUUUUAGAAGACUGUUGGGUGAAUCUCAUAUUUUCGUAGCAGCUAGGGUUUGAGUGUGUGAUGUGCAGAUAGGUUUCUGUGUUUGAACUAUGUUAAAUGCAUUGUACAUAUGUUUAUAGUCCACAGAGAGAGAGAGAGAGCAAGUGCACAUCUCUGUAGGGAAAAGUAGAUCUUGAAAGAACGAAUGAGUUGAAGUUGAGGUUCAGUAGUGUCGGAGAAAUGCAGUCUUUCAGAGGGAAUUGUUACCUUUCUUUUGUUUUUUGUAUUUUGUGAAAUCCUAAAUAUUUCAUACUUUGUUGGGAGUACGAUCGACUUCAGAAAACUGUAAUUGCGUAAAUAUUCUUAUUUUUUAAUUUUGAGGAACUUGGUGAUUUUUUAUUCAUUGUAUUUAUGGAUGCAGUCAUUUUUUUUUUUAAUUGUUUUAAUAAAAAAAAAAAAAUUGAGAUGUAUUUUUAAGUCAAAUAUACCUUUUUAUCAGUUUUUUUUCUUUCUUCUUAUUUCCAGAGGAAGAUAGUCAUGAAAAACAGGAGCAUUAAGGAAUGUAGGAAAGAUAAGAGUGUUUGUAUAAGUGCCUUUCCACAUUUUGGCUCCCAUGUUUUUUGAUUGAAUAGAAUCUUUCCCACCCUACUCGACAUGUUGUUGUUAUCGCUAAGCUUGUUCUCAAAACCUGGGACCGUGCUUAUAAAACGUUGAGUCCAGACUCAAUCUCUAAUGACGUCACACAUACAAUUUGUAUGGCGUUGUCAUGACAUUACUGUCUCAGACUAUUAGAAUCUUGAGUCCAGACUCUUUAAAAGUUUUAUAAGCACCAGGCCUGGUCAGUUUUGGGACUAUUUCAACUAAUUUUUAUUUCAAAGAAUGGAGCUUUUUUCUUUCUUCUUUUUUAUACGAGUUAUGUCUAAUACCCUUUUGUCUCGGCAAUACAGUAUGUUAAAAGUAUGUAUUUGUGAUCUAGGAGUCAAAUGCCAUUGGCAGCUUAAACGACAAAGUGAACUACACUAUAGCAAUAAUUUGAAUCCCUGAAUAUGGAGGUAUAUCUAGUGGCCUGUCACCCUGUGCUUUCACAAUUUGUGUUAUACCACCAAGUUAUGCAGGCAAGUAUAUGUUUACCUGUUAGGUUAUUUCUAUGUAAAAAAAAAAAGAAAUCACAAUGUUUUUUUUAAGUCUUGGUAGGCAAGGUGGGGGUACCAUAAUUAUUUUAUGUGUAGUGGAUGUACCACAUGUUUUUCCACAUUGUUUAAAUUAAAUUAUAUUUUAUGGGUAUUGGGCAUAUUAAAAAAAAAAGUGCUUUCUUCCCCUUCAAUUGUGAUUAAUUCUGGGGCAUCUCUUGGCUUGUGAUUAUUUUGUCAGAUCAAAACGGUCAGUCUCUGACAUGCAUUUCUUAAGAGCCAGAAGGCUUAAUUUUUCAUUGUUGAUUUUUUUUUUUUAACUUUGUUUUCUAGCCUAGUAAAACAAGAAGUGUGUGUAUUUACAAAUAUGUACAAGAACAAAUGGGUUUUUAAAAAAAUCAUAAUUGUAGGAGAAUAUUUCCCCUACAAAGUGCUGUUUAUUUGUUUUUAUUCAAUAUUACCACUUGAUGAUUUUUUUUUUAAUCUACACACUUUUAUUCAAUUGUAUUUACGUAGAUGAUUCACUUUCAUAGUUGUGCAAAAAAUAGUGCUUCAGAUUUAUGUUUUAUCAUUGAAAUGUGUAUCAAUGCUGGUGUGCACAUGAACACUUAAGCAUUUCUUUCUUGAUAGGUACAAAUUCCUAUUUUUAGUAUUAAAUAUUUUGACUUUUUAAAAUAUAAAUACACUAGUUUUAAGUGAUAACCUCUCUCAGUUGUCUCUUCUUCAGUCUGAUUAACAAUUCUAUUUCUAGUAAUUUGACCCAAGUAGUCCCAAUUGGUAUCUCCAAAUGUAACAAAUCCAAGUGUAUGAAGAAGGCAUCAGAACCAAAUAUAUCCCUCUCCCUCUAAAAAAGACUGAAAUUUUAUUUAAAAUAAUUUUUAAAACAUGAAAUAAUUUGUGGUUUGCAUCAUAUUAAAGUAAUUGGUGUGGGUGUGUAUUUUAUUGAUCUAAUUACUUCAGUGAAUUGUAUACUGAUCGACAAAAACAAGUAUAAUCAUGUUUUCCCGACUAUAUCAAAUUCAGGUUAUAUAAUAUUUAAAAACACAGAGUAAAUCGGGGUACCAGUUUCAAAAAACCUUGUAAGCAUUUGUUUUGCACAUGCCAGUAAAUGUAAUUCUUUCACUGAAAACCCCCCAGUUAUUUUUAUUACCAACAGUACAAGUAAUAUUGUUCAAAAUAAACAUGAUAUGUUUCUUUCUUCAUAACAAUAACAUUUUCUGUGUGAAAUAGAUGCAAAACAUAUGUAAAUAUAUAACAGGGGUAACCCUAACUGUAAGCAUUCAACUUGCAAUGCUUUGUGAAAUUGACUGUAGAACUUUAAUUCAAUUUGAGCUACUAGUAAAUUUUAAUAAAGAACAUAAUGUGUAUUUUAAGGUUUCCUAACAUUAUUUUAACUUGUUAAACAUUAUUUAAUUUUUCUGUCUUCGUCUCUCUGUUUUCUAUAAGAUCUGUUUAAACAACCAUAUUUUGGUUUACUGAUAUUUUUUUGUUUUGUUAUUACAUCUGAAAUUGAACUAUACGUUAAAUGUUAGUAUUAUUUUUUUUGCUCUAUGAGCAAACAACCUAGCAACAAUGAAAGCUCUGGGCUAAGUUUCGUUAAUGUUCGCAAACUAUUUCAUUGGUUACUGACGUAGCCAUUUGGUUUAACGUGAAGCGCAUAAACCAGUCUAGCGGACGUUUGCAACAAGCGGCUGACUGAACGUACCCCUGGUUCCCAACUACCUGUAAAUUGCAAACAGUCUUGACCGAGUACUUAUUGGUUACCUGUAAAUUACAACUGUGUGAUAUUGUUUGUCUUCCCUUUGCCACAAAUUGAGGCCUUCAUUCUUGUGUACAUUGUUUUUGUUAUUAUUACCUCUGAAGUGUACAUUAUGAGUGAGUUGCAGAGAUCAGGUGUACAAGCUUUGUACAGAGUGUAAAUAUGUUUGUAUUGUAUACAUAGAACUUUAAUUUAUUCAUCCACGUGAAAUGGGUUGGGUUUCCUGCAAUAUCUUCGCACAUCACAUCUUAUUAAUUUACUAAUAAGAGCAGUAAUUAAUGUGAUGCCUAUGUCUGUCUGUUUCCCCUAAAUUUUUUAAUAAUUGUCAUGCAAAUCCUGUUAUAAAAAUAAAAAAUAGUGAUUUUUUCUUUCAACAAAACUGAUUUUAAAAAACCAAAUAUGAUAUAAGCAUGUUAAAACAUCCUUUGGACUUUACCUUGAACACAAAUGUAAUGUUUGAUUGUGGCAACAAAUUUGUUCUGUUUUAAAUACAUGUACAAGUAGUUUAAAGGGUUGCUAAGAUUAAGGAGUUAAUAUGGAAUUUGAUAAAAGGGGACAAUGAAAAAUUUAAAUUUUACGGCAAUUAUGGUUUGCGUUUACUGUGGUUUGGUUUAUGAGCUUAGGUGCAUCAUGUUUUAAGGUUUAUCUUGGCACUGUAAACACAUAACCAGUUUUAGGAUAUAAAUUGAUAUAAAUUAAUAUUCACUAUCUUAGACAGCUUGUGAUUUAAAUAUCUAAAUCUUGAUGGCUUUGUUAAUUAAAACCCCCACAACAAACCAGGUUAAGUAGUAACGGUGAGCAGCAUGAUUGAAAUCUAGUGAAAUCAAGUGAGUGUUUCUACUCAGUGUUUAUUGAUUGAUGGUAGAGCAACACUCGUGUUAAAAUAGUACUCAUGUCAUGUCAAAAAUAAUAAUUUUGAAACAAAAAUUAGCUAUUUUUUUAAAUUAUCAAAAUAUUUUGUGUUGUCCAAAUUUGAAAAAAAAAGAAAAAAAAAAGUAUUUGGUAUUUAAAAAAUGAAUUAAUUGAAUGUAGUGAGUGGAAGACAUUGCAGGAAUGGGAAGGUGGAGGGUGGGUUAAACAACAGACAAAUCUGUGAUGUUUUGUGACUUUAAAAAGAUUCAUUAUUUUUAUUACUGUUUUGUACCUGAUGAAGGUUGUAUUAUUUUUGUUUGUUUAUUUGCAGUCAUUUAUACCUGCAGCCAUAUGAGCACUAUCUGCUCACUGUGAGAUUAAAUACUUAACUGACUUACGUGUACCCGUUCUUUAGUGCUUUCCUCACACCAUGGCUUAUUUCACACCAGUCAGUAGUUUGUCAGUGUUUAUUUCACACACACACACACACACACACACACACACACACACACACACACACACACAAAGACAGACACACACACGCACAUACAUACACAAAUGAAACAUAUAUACACACACACACACACACACACACACAUACACACACAGACCAACACAGCAUCAAAUAUAUUUUGAAGAAAAAAACCUUUUUGGAAUAAUUAACAAUUAUUAUGUGCUCUUGAUUAUGACUGCAUUGCUGAUAGUCAAACUGUUCACACAAAAGUUAUGUGUUUACAGUAAUUAAAUUUUACCAAGCAUCUGUGAUAUGUAGACCUGUUUUCAUAUAGCAAGUAUUCUAACCAACACUGAUUUUGGGUAUUCAUUGUUGAAAUAAAAAAAUGGCUAUAAAAA